UUAGGCAUGUGACUGUGCUGUAACCGAACAGCUGACCUGCUCUGCAUAACUUCCUCUUUGGGGGCUGCUGCAUGUUUCUGCUGUGCACUUUGCACCCUUGCAAGUUAUGUUAUAACUGAAAAGACUCUAAACCUAAACAGUCAGGUCAUCGGGAGAGGAUGUUGUAUUUAGCCCCCCGUGGUUCCUGGAUAUGUGUGCUGUUCUGGGGAUUCCUGGGAUCCUCUUUCUUCGAAGUUGAGGGGAAAUCCAAAAGACCUAAUGUUGUGCUGAUUUUAACAGAUGAUCAGGAUGUCGCCCUUGGUGGCAUGACUCCUUUAAAGAAGACCAAGGAACUCAUUGGAGAGCACGGUAUAACCUUUUCAAAUGCAUAUGUAGCCAGUGCCCUGUGCUGCCCCAGCAGAUCCAGCAUCCUUACUGGGAAAUAUCCUCAUAAUCACCAUGUUGUAAACAACACUAUAGAGGGAAACUGUAGCAGUAUAGCUUGGCAGAAGACGCAGGAGCCAUACACAUUUCCAGCGUACCUUCAACACUUUGGGUACCAGACCUUCUUUGCUGGGAAAUAUCUGAAUCAGUAUGGGACACAGGAUGCAGGAGGAAUUGGGCACGUACCUCCUGGAUGGAGUUACUGGUACGCUUUGGAGAAAAAUUCAAAAUAUUAUAACUACACCCUUUCAGUAAAUGGUCAAGCACGACAGCAUGGUGAAAACUACAGUCUUGACUACCUGACGGAUGUGUUGGCUAAUGUGUCCUUGGAUUUCCUGAAUUACAAAUCGAACUACGAACCCUUCUUCAUGAUGAUAUCUACUCCAGCACCACAUUCACCAUGGACCGCUGCUCCUCAGUAUGAAAAUAAGUUCCUUGAUGUCAACGCACCUAGGAGUAGCAACUUCAACGUUCAUGGCAAGGACAAGCAUUGGCUCAUUAGACAAGCCAAAACACCAAUGACAAAUUCCUCAAUAGCGUUCUUGGACAAUGCUUUUCGCAAGAGGUGGCAAACGCUAUUAUCAGUUGAUGAUCUAGUAGAGAAGCUUGUUAAGGAGUUGAGUGCCCGCAGUGAGCUGAAUAACACAUUUAUUUUCUUCACAUCAGACAAUGGAUACCACACAGGACAGUUCUCACUUCCCAUAGACAAGAGACAGCUUUAUGAGUUUGAUAUUAAAGUUCCGCUACUUGUUCGUGGUCCUGGGAUCGCUGCUAACCAGACAUCUAAGGCACUUGUUGCAAACAUUGAUCUAGGUCCUACUAUUCUGGAUAUUGCUGGCAUUGACCUGAAUACAACUCAGAUGGAUGGGAUGUCAUUCUUAAAGAUUUUGAAAAAUGACAAUGUGACCUGGAGGACAGAUCUUUUAGUUGAAUAUCAAGGAGAAGGACUUAACACCUCCGAUCCGACCUGUCCUGCGCUGGGACCUGGUGUUUCACAAUGUUACCCAGACUGUGUUUGUGAAGACUCGUAUAACAACACAUAUGCUUGUGUAAGAACAGUCUCCUCAUCCUAUGAUUUGCAGUACUGUGAGUUUGAUGAUGCAGAGGUCUUUGUGGAAGUGUAUAAUCUGACAGCAGAUCCUAACCAGCUGCAAAACAUUGCCAAAACCAUAGACCAGGAGAUCUUGGAGAAGAUGAACCAUCGCCUCAUGAUGCUGCAGUCCUGUUUCGGAGCUUCAUGUCGCACUCCAGGGGUAUUUGAUCCAAGAUACAGGUUUGAUCCCAGGAUGAUAUUUAUGGAUCACAGUGAACAGUCCCACACAUUUACCAGGAAGUCUUUGAAGUAACAUAUGCAACACUUUGAAGCGUUCUCCCCUUGUGUUCAUCUCUUUGAUGAAGUAAUUGAGUUGACCUGUUAUUUGCUGACUGCCAGCUUUGGAGAAUUAUACGGACUGGCUUGUUUUUAUUGUUUUUGUACAGAAACAAAUCCAUUGUUUGGAAGCCCUGUGAAAUAUGUGAAUUUAAACAAUCUGACCGGUUACCACAUGAAUGUUUUCCAGGGAAAAGUUGAUCAGUUAAUGGUGUCAACUCUACUGGUAUUUGUGGUUGACACCCUGUGCUAUAACUAACCAUUUUAAGUUCUGGCUGUUAGUUACAUACCCUCCUGUAGGAUAAAGGGAAAUUCUAUCCAACAUCCCACUAAGCAGAUCAUAACCUGUUCAGAGAGGAAUGUGUCUGAAUGUCUGGUUACAUUUAUGUAUUUAUAUGUUUGAGUGAGCUUUCUUCCUUUUUUUUUUUUUUUAGAUAUAUAUAUUUUUGUUAAAAUCAAAUCUGAUCUAAAUUAAAUUACAAACCACAGUAGGUACACGUAGUGCAGUUUGAGCCUUUUAAAGUAAUAUAAAUUUGUUUUCCUAACAGUCAUCUGAUUGACUUUAGAAUACAAUAUUUCUGUUUUGGCAGGAAGUGAAUUGAUGCUGCUCGUGUGCAUCUUUGGUUCGUGUGUCACCUAAAGCAACAUUUUGAUUCUUAGGCCCAAGAGACAUCUGAUUUCCCAGCGCAUUAUAUUUAUAUAUACUGGAAAAUGUUUAUUCUAACUUACCCAAAACAGGUUAAAAAUUUUGAAAAUUUCUGGACAAAUAUAUUAAGAAGGAAUCAACUUUUGUGAUAAGAAAGUAACAAAAGUUAGCUACAAUUAUACCUUUAUUGUGUUAACGGGGCAUUAAACACUUUGAUGUUGUAAUAUAAAAUUACUUCUAUAAUAUACUUUUUCUUUCUGUAAUUUAACUUUAAUAAUUGUGGCAACAACCUAUAAAUAACGGACAGCAAAAAUCUUACUCUUAAUACAUAAGAGCUUGCAGCCCCUAUACUUUCUUUUAGGGCAGGACAAAAAGCCCCCCCCCAAAGAAAACCCCCCACACUUUUUAUAUCCCCAUUCCCCCUCACUUAAGAAGACACACACCUGUUGUCAGCAUUCACCCCCCCCCCCCCCAAAGAAUAAAGAUGACUCUCUAUUUUGCAUUUGCACUCCCUCACCCAUACCCAACUUAACUCUCUCUACCAAAACACCAGGAAUUUUGCUGUAGGUCAUGUUUAAGGGUUAAAAUACUAUGCAACAAUGUAUGGGGGGGGGUGAGACACAUAUGCAGCCGUUGGAGAAAUAUUUGUUAUCCAGCUUUGGUGUAAGCACUAGAAAAUGUUAUUGGUUUUUAGUACCAAUUCAAAACAAUACAGCAAUAUAUCAGUUAUUGAUUUGGGGCACAUCUAUAUAGCAGUUAUUUUUAUAUUUUUUAACCUUUUAAGAAAAUAAGCUGCACUAUUAAAUGAGAAGAUGCGGAAUAGCUUGUGCACCAAAUAUGUUUAACUUGAGAAGCCUAUCUGUAUGUGAGUAAGAAUGUAUACAAUCUGCUCACAAUGUUAAGGGUGCUCUAUCUCAAUAAGCGUCCUAGACGUGUCUUCUUCCAUUGUUGAGACAUGCUGAGUAUGGGGGCAGGGGGCUUUUUAUCCUCCGGUCUGCAAUGAUCGCUGUAGGAAAGUCCUCCCCAGCUCUCACUGUUGUCCUUGCAGUUGGUUCCCUUCUUUGUGGCGUUUGUUUUUCCUUUGCCAGUAACUCAAUAAGCGCCUUAGACGUGUCCUCUUCUGUUGUAGAGACAUGCUGAGGACACGUCUAGGACGCUUAUUAAGAUACCGGCAAAGGAGAAACUGAAAUGCCACAAGGAAGGGAACCAACUCCAAAGAAAAUGGUGGGAGUUGGACUUUCCUACAGUGAUCAUUGCAGACCUGAGGACAACAAGGUAACCCCUGCAUUUAGUUUGCUUUUAUUUGCUGCCAGACAAUAUUCUUUAUACAAGGGCUUUGUUGUUUCUAUUAACUGAAGUUUCUGAGGUAUGGAGCCUUACUUUGCUUAAUUUUGGAAAAACUAUGAUUUAUGUUUCAAGGUUUUUCAGCAAUUAGAUUUUCAAUAACAAUAAUUUGAUAAUAGGAGUAAAUUAGAAAGUUGCUUAAAAUUGCUUGCUCUAUCUGAAUCACGAUAGAAACAUUUUGGGUUCAGUGUCCCUUUAACAUUUUGAGCAGAUUGUGUUUGUGACUAGGAGGAGGUCACUUUUAAUUUUCUCUAUAAGUUAGAGGAACAUUUGGGUUGCAUUUAUAGUCCUCAUGAGUGCAGGUGAUCUUAGAUUUGUGUUUUUGGUUUGAGAAUAAGACGGUAAUUUACACUUGCAGAGAUCUCACAAUCUGGUUGACUUGCUGGGUAUUCAGGAUUAAAUGGACAUUGCACACCUUCAGCUUGUAAUAUAAACGGUGUAAUUAUGCAGAGUAAAACAUCUUUGUAGUAAACAUUUAUUAUUUUGUUGCCCCCUAUUCCUGUAAUUUAACCCUGAAAAUUCAUACUGUCUCUAAUUGGCCCCAGCAGCAAUAUCAAAUAAGGAUCCACAAAUAUAUGUAGUUUGUCCUAACAUAAUGACUGUGGCUAGCCUUGUCUAUUCCAGUAACAAGUCUAAUUUGGCUCCUCUGAGGAGUGGUGGGUGGAGUUUAAAUUGAAAACAAUUGCAGCAAACAAAGGUGUUAAUUUACUUUUUAAAAUGUUUAUGCUUGGCGGAUAUGUUAUUGUAUAGCAAGACAACACAAAAUAUCUUAUAAUUACACAGUGUUUAGGGUCCCUUUAAAACCACGGUACCUUACAACAUGCAGAAGUCACACCCCUUUAUGAUUACAUUUUGUACAUGAUAUUAAUUUUCCCUGCAGCAGACGGGACAUCAAGCCCAGACACUAAAGUAUUGUUGUGGAGUUAGGGCACUGCUUUUUAAACCUGUUCUCGGGUCACCCUAACAGGCCACAGUUUGAGGAAUUCUAAACUGGAGAACAAGUGAAAUAAUCAGCUGAUUAGUAAACAUGGUUAUUUGCUCUCAUCUAAGGUAAUCCUGAAAACCUGGCCUGUAGGGGAGGCCUGAAGACAGGUCUGAAAACCAGUGAGUUAGGGUGACUGGGGUAUAUAUAAAAAAAAGGUUAAAAAGGGACCACUUUUUACUGUUUUGGAAGCAGAUUCUACCUCCACAUAGGCUUUAUAUGCACAAAUCUUGUAAAGAAAAUGACUCCUGUGAUUCCUGAAUACACCAUAAAGUUAACUUUUACAUUUAACAUCUACACUCAAGAACACCACUUUUUUUUUUUUCAUUUCCAAAUUUUUUAAAUAUUGCUCUUAUUUUAACAUUUGACAAGCUCAUUUGUGGGUAAUACAUUUUAACCUGUACGUUCUCAAUUAUUUAAACUCAUAGUAUUCAAAAUAUUUUUCUUUAACUCUGGGUGACCCCCCACUGCCACAGAGAGGGUGACAAUUUGAGCAGGAGCUCGUUUAUAUCAGUCCCUCAUAUAAUUCGAAUAAUAUACGUUGCCAGCCUACAAAACAAUACAAAUUUUACUAACAAAAUUAUUUAAAUGAUUUUUCAAUAAAGUUCUUGAUUGCUGACAUAACCCUCUUAAAUAUGAUUUAUAUAUAUAAUCUUUAACAAUCCUCAAGUACUAAAUACUAUGCGACCCUAGAAAAAAUAAACACUCUGCUCCCACCUUAUAACUGUAGGCCUUAUUGUAUUUGUGAAACCUAAAAUCCAUUUCUUUUAUAUUUCAUUUAUAUUUACUUUAAGCUACAACUAUAGGUUUGUUUUUUGUUCAAAUUCAAGAUUUAUUCGGUAUCCCUGGAGCUUACUGAAUAAUAAUUAUAAUGUGCUUUUUUAUAUGUAAGAAAAAAAUAUAUAUUGUGGUAUUUUUUUCAGCACCUUAAUGUUGAUGUAUUAAUCUACAGAAUCUGUUUUGUUGAAUUAAAAAAAAACUCACAAAAUUGCAGUUUAGGUACAGUUUAAAAAAAAAACAAACAAAAAAAACAGAAAAGUCUAAAAUUAGCUAACAUGCAUAAAAAUACAUCACAAGUAUAAAUAAUGAGAAAAGAGAACCUACCAUAUACAGAGAGCCCACUAUAUAAUGACAUUUUCCUUUGGAAAAUUGUGUUACUAUAAUCGUGUGCAUAAAACUGAGGAUUUUAUUUUUUACUUUGCUUAUUAUGUACACGAGAAAUAUUGAGCUUUUUUUUUUAUAUCCCGUUUUCCAUGCACAUUUUCUAAUAUUUUUACAUUAAGUACAAUAUAGAUGCUUGCUAUUUAUGUGGUCAUAUAUGGCACGUAUCGUAUCUCACUAUAAUGCACAUAGUGAAUUUCCAUAACUGCUACAUAGUUUUCUACACUUAUACUUUUUACCUAGAGAAACACUCCAUGUAAAAAAUGACUGACCCAUAUUCAUUUUGUGCUCUGUUAGGUACAACGCUGUAUGAUUUAAAUAUGGUUUCCUAUAUCACUAGGGCUAUGGUACAGUUACUAUUUUUGUAGCAGAGUGUGAUAUUUAAGUAGUUAGAUAACGGGUGCAAUAACUGAUUUUAUGUUUUGUUUUUGCUCACUUAAAAAGGGCCAUGAUACCCAAAUGUUGAAACACUUGAAAGUGAUGCAGCAUAGCUGUAAAAAGCGGACUAUAAAAUAUCACCUGAAUAUCUCUAUGUAAAAAAGGAAGAUAUUUUACCUAAACAAUUCCUCAGUAGCCACAUCCCAUUGUAAAGGACUUCUAAGCAGCAAAUCUGUAUGUCUGUCCCGGGAGAGCUAAGGGAGUGAGCCUCGUGCACUCUCAUCUUAUUUCCCUAUUCAGUUUAAGGAAGUUUACUAUGAAAUCUCAUGAGAGUUAAGUGAAAUCUCAUGAGAUCACAGUAAAAGUGUUCAUGACCUCAGCACUGCUGAUGCUGAUUGGUUGCUGUUCAUUUCUUAAUUUUUUUUUAUACCUGCAGCUAAGAAACAGCUGAAGUAUGUUUUUGUACACAGAACUUACUCUGCUGAGCCGAGGAAAUUUUGAUGUAAAAUAUCUUUUUUUUUUUUUUUUUAGAUAGAGAUGUUCAGGUGAUAUUUUCCUGUCUGCUUUUUACAGCUUUACUGCAUUAGUUUCAAGUGAUUUAGCACAUGAGUAUUAUGUCCCUUUAACCUAGCAUAUCCAUUUAUUUUUUACUACUGAAAAUAAUUAUAAAAAUAAUAUUGGAUUUCUCAAGCACGUGUCUCCACUGAGUUUAUAGCUGCAUACUAUGUAAUAAAGUAAAGAAGCACUCUGAUUGGUGCUGAUCACAUUUAGAUCAGUGUUUCAUCUUAAAGGGACAUCACAAUUUAAACAUGUCUAUUAUAUUUUUUAAACAUGACACAAUGUUUGCUUAUAAAAGAUUGCAUUUUUGGGGGCGGGUAUUGCAAUUUUUUUGUUAUUUAAAAACAAAUAUUCCUGUGCUUAAAAAACAACAAUGUUUUGAUCAGUGUUAACCAAUAGAUCUGCAAGUGUUCUUUAUGCCACAGACCAUCUGCACCCAGACAUCCACUUUCUAUUCUUUUUUUUAAAUGCAAUGUUUUGUAGUGUCAACUUUUUGUGCAAAAUAUAUAUAUAUAUAACAUGUUUAAAUAAUGAUCUCUGAUAUUCAUCUUGUAAACUGGUUGCAUUUAAAUAUUCCUUUUAAAGUUGUCUAAUUAGAUCAUAGAACGGAAGUACAUGUUCGUGUACAACUCAAGGACAGUUUGCUUAUUGGCUGAACAGACCAGUCCUAUGGCUGUGCUGGUGCACACACAAGUCCCCUUUACGAGCCUUGCUAGAAGAUUGUUAAUAAGAAUUGUUGACUAGUUUAUUCUGUAUAUGCACUGAUAUAUUGGUAAAUAAUCUCUUGUGAUUUUACCUUCCAAAAGCUUCAUGACAUGAUGGCCAAUGAAAUGUGCAGAAGUGAGGCUGUGGUACUGAUGGCAGAGUUAUUACCAAUAACAUGGAUGGGUUUACAUCUGUUGAGAUAAUUGUUUUUCCCUGAAAAUGUUGAUGUUUGCUUGGAGUCUUAAAGAUGGCUCAGUGAAUACACAAUAUGCCUGACUUUAAAAAAACCUAGACCAUUCAUCAUAAGCCGUUUUGUUCCCUAGUAAGUUGCUGAUGAACAAAUGCAUUUAGAAUUAACUCAUUCCUGUCAGGCAGUUUAAGAGCCAUCACUUUUUAGAUGUUGGAAAAUGCAAACCAGCUGUGAGCGGUCAAGGCAAAUACACACUUAGAUUUAGCUACUUUUUGUUUAGGUUUUGGAACUUUUAUAGAGACACGUUCGCUAUGAUUUUGUUUUUAUCGAAAUGUGUAGUUUCCAAAUGUUGUUCAUUGUUUUUAUUAUUCCUGUGUGACCGAUAGAAAUCUCAUGGGGCUAUAGUCUUUUACAACACUGUAGGUUUACCCUUAUUCAGUUUAUUUCAAAGGCAUAUAAGUAAAACUGACAUAAAAUCAACCUUUAUUAGUUUGAUUUAUUUGCAUACAUAUAUAAAGCCUAACACUAGUUUCCAUAGGAAGAAGCAGCAAUGUCACUUUUAAUAAAAUCUGAACUUUAGUUUGAAUUGCACAGUAAAUAUUUUUCAGAUCAAAAGUUGUUUCUGGUAGGUUCACAGUAAAAAUGGUAUAGAAUACUGUUUUAAGUGAAUAAUAAAUCCCACGUUCCUGUACUAUUUUGUAAUCCUGGCUAUGUCAUUACAUGAUGUGUGAACCACAGAUCUAUUUCAUAACCCGCCUUUGCUUCAUGACAGUCAUUUUGCCAUCUUGUAUAGAAAGUGUCCUUUUGACCCUGUUCACUGCUGCACUUUUUCAAUAAAUGAUUAUUUCUGUGUUA